UUACUUUUUUAUAAAUAAUUUACUAAUUUGUCACUGAAAAAUUGAAAUGAUCAUGUCUUGAUGGCAUGAAAGGCAAGGCAAGAAACUGUAAAACGUAUUCUCUAAUUAAAGUGAGACGUCAAAUACCUACCAUUAAUUUCAUUAGCGAUAGUGAGUAAACAAAAUGUCAACAGUCAUCAAAUGUCUGCAAUACAAUUCUAUCAACCGGAGUGUUAACAAGCAGCGACUGUAGCAGUGCGCCCGCGCACUACCUGGCCAGCUGCCUCAAGCCCCCACCAACCUAUGCGCGCCUUACCCCGCUACCAUCCCUCUGUCUUGCUCACACACACCGUAUUCAAGCUUGCUCUAACACCACAAAAAGCGGUUUCGUUCUAUGGUGUUGUGUGCUUCAUGUGAAUGUGUGCGUUCAGUGUAUUUUUCUGACAAGCGUCGCGGCAAAACCGAUAGAACCGAACGCGAAACAAUCUUGAAGGCGCUUAAUUCGUUUUGGGUCUAGGCGUGAAUUUACCUGUUGGAACGCGUGAACCGGCGCGGCCUUGUGCGCGAGCGCAGCGCAGGUUCGACUGCGACUCAGUUCCACCCCAGACCUCUGCGUGGUCGGUCGCGUCACGUGCUCUAAGACUCAGUAGGUUGCGGGCACACGAUCCCGUCCAAUUAGUGUUCUCGCGAGAAACGAGUUAAGUGGCCGGUUCGACUAGUGAAGUACUCGACUGCAAAGCGAAAUAAAAUGAACUAGUGCUUCGAUAAUGCGAUGUUUAAGUGGAAAUUCAGUGCGAAACGAUGAUAAAUAAAACUAUGUAAUAUAAAGUGAUAAUAGUGAAAACAAAGCAAUGUUCCCCACACGGUUUACGUGCGCCUUGUUGGUGCUAAGCACUACUUUAACGGUUCGGGGUGCAUCGUUAUCGGCUGGUACGCGGUACCAAGCACCCGAUGAAUGCGGGUGGAUGACGGAUUAUGAUGGCUCGGGAGUAGCUUUACAGUGUAGACUAAGGACUAUAAAUAGCGAAUUGGAAAACACAAACUUCAGUGCAAUUCAACCACAUCCGACUGUGAGGUUGCGUCUUGAAUGCAGCGACGCCUUGUUCUUCCAAAGCUCACUAGCUCCGGGUAGCUUCCGCCAAUUGAUUGAGCUGCGCGAGCUUACUAUUGAGUAUUGCAAAAUUGGAAAUCUUUCCGACAGUGCAUUUACUGGUCUCCGCGAAUUAAGGAAUCUAACUAUAAGGACACACAACACGGAUUGGUCCACUAUGUCACUUGAAAUAACUCCAAGCGCUUUUUCGCGUGACGUACAAAACUUAGAACGCUUGGAUCUCAGUGAAAACAACAUGUUAGUGUUUCCAGAAGGAGCGCUUUGCACAUUAAGAAACUUGGAAUACCUAAAUAUGACUGGUAAUAGGAUGAGAGAUAUAAGCCAUUUUCAAUUCUCAUCAGCACAUCGUCAUCCGACGGAGAAAUGCGGAGACAAUCUGUUAGUUCUAGACCUCUCACGAAAUGUCAUAGACACAUUACCGCCAAAUCUUUUGUCAGGAUUAAGAAGACUGCAAAAACUAUACUUCCAGGGCAAUGGCUUAAACUCGAUUGCAGAUAGAGCGCUUGAAGGACUAAUAUCCUUAACUACAGUUAGAUUUUCUGACAAUCAGCUAACAAGCUUGCCGCCAGAACUAUUCAGCGACACAAAAGAACUCAAGGAGAUAUAUCUAAACAACAACACAAUUACAGUUCUCGCCCCGGGACUGUUCAGUGAUUUGACUCAGCUUUUAGUAUUAGAUCUGUCAUUCAACGAAUUAACUUCUGACUGGAUCAACACUUCAACAUUUUCUGGUCUGAAAAGACUAGUUUAUUUGGAUUUCUCUCACAACCGAGUGUCAAAAAUGGAAAUCGCCCUAUUAAGAGACCUACACAAUUUACAAAUAUUGAAAAUGCAAGACAAUUUCAUAGAGCACAUUCCUGAAAAUGUAUUCAGUUCACUUAGCAAUUUACACACAUUAACUUUAUCAAAUAACAGACUGACAACUAUUGAAAGCUAUGCAUUUAUGGGACUACAAGUUCUAUCGGUUUUGUCUAUUGACAGUAAUCGCAUUUCUAAGAUACAUCCACAUGCAUUGAGGAAUUGUUCUUCAUUACAAGACUUGCAUAUCAACGGAAACCGGCUCGACGAAGUACCUAUGGCCUUAAAAGAGAUCCCUCAGCUCAAAACCCUUGAUUUGGGAGAAAACCUGAUAGUCAGCAUAGAAAACGCAUCUUUUAUGACCAUGGAGCAAAUGUAUGGUCUGAGAUUAACAGAAAAUAACAUUGGCAAUAUCAGCAAAGGUGUUUUUGAUAAGAUGACUUCAUUAAAGAUUUUAAAUUUAUCAAGAAAUAAAAUUCACAAAAUUGAAGCCGGUUCCUUCGACGCAAACGUGAAUUUGCAAGCAAUAAGAUUGGAUGGAAAUUACUUAACAGAUAUCGGUGGACUUUUUGCGAAACUACCAAAUUUAGUAUGGUUGAACAUUUCUGAUAACCGAUUGGAAUGGUUCGACUAUGCAAUGAUUCCAACUGGAUUGCAGUGGCUGGAUAUUCACGCUAACAGGAUUGCUGAACUUGGAAAUUACUUUGAGAUUGAAUCGCAGCUAUCGCUCAGUACUUUCGACGCCAGUUCUAAUAAGUUAACUGAAAUAACUGGCAGUGCAAUACCUAACUCGGUGGAAAUGUUAUACUUGAACGACAACCUUAUUUCGAAAGUACAGUCGUACACAUUCUUUAAGAAACCGAAUUUAACUCGAGUUGACUUAUAUGGCAACAAAAUAACAAGUUUAGAUCCAAAUUCUUUAAGAAUAUCUGCUGUGCCGCAAGAUAAAACGGUGCCCGAAUUCUUUAUAGGCGGUAACCCGCUUGAAUGUGAUUGCACAAUGGACUGGUUGCAGAAAAUCAACAGUGGAAACCGAGCUAGAACACAGCCAAAAUUGAUGGAUUUGGACAGCAUAAACUGCAAACUAUUAUAUAGUCGUGGAAAUGCCCAUGUCGCCCUCAUUGAAGCUGCGCCACAUCAGUUUUUAUGUAAAUACGAGUCUCACUGCCACGCUUUGUGUCAUUGCUGUGAUUUUGAUGCGUGUGACUGUGAAAUGACAUGUCCCAACAACUGUACUUGUUAUCACGAUCCAUCGUGGUCAGCUAAUGUCGUUGACUGCGCAAACUCCGGUUACGUUAAUACUCUGCCUGAGAAAAUACCUAUGGAAGCCACCCAACUGUACCUUGACGGCAAUGACAUCAAAGUAUUACCAAGUCAUGCCUUUAUUGGGCGAAAAAAAUUGAAGAUUUUGUUCCUAAAUGCAUCUAGCAUUGAGACAAUUCACAAUAGAACAUUUAAUGGUUUGAAAGAAUUGGAAAUCUUACACUUGGAUUACAACAGCAUCUCAACUAUUGAAGGCCAAGAAUUUGAUGGAUUGGAUAAUUUACGAGAACUGCAUAUAAACAAUAACAGGAUUAAACACAUCGGGAAAGAAAUGUUCAAUCACAUGGCGCGCCUGAAAAUAUUACGCCUGCAUCAUAAUAGACUUGUUACGCUGACAGUGUGGCAAAUUAAUCCUGCGAUAACGGAAAUUACACUUUCAUUUAAUCCGUGGUCAUGUGAUUGCGAAUACACUGAAAUGUUUCGCGAGUGGACAAAGAGAGUGAGUUCAAUAACGGAUCUGUCAGACAUCAAAUGCAUUUAUGCGAAGGGAAAUACGACUGAAUUGAUGGUUUAUAACGAAAGCAUAUUUACUGACCCGGAAAGUGGAUUCAAAAUUGCAAGUGAAAACGGAACUCUGUGCACUGGAUUGCCCAGCAUUAACAACAGCAUUAAUGGCAAUUUGACUGCAACUCGCACAAUAAUCACAAGUGAAGAAGUUCAAGACUACAUACCACUGUUAGUAGCCACACUGGGAUGUUUUUUAAUUGUAUCCUUAGUGAGCAUGCUUAUUUUUAUAUUCAGACAAGAAAUGCGAGUGUGGUUCCAUUCAAAGUUUGGUGUGCGACUGUUUUAUAGAGCCAGUGAUAGAGAAGACUCAGAGAAAAUGUAUGAUGCGUUUUUAUGCUAUAGUUCCAAGGAUGAAGUUUGGGUUACUGAAGAACUGGCACCGAUGUUGGAGCGCGGUGAUCCAUCUUAUAAACUCUGUCUGCAUUACCGUGACCACGUGACAGAGAAGAUAAGACAGGCUGUGGAAUCUUCACGUCGCACAAUCAUGGUGCUCAGUGAAAACUUUCUAAGAUGUGAGUGGGUGCGAUAUGAGUUAAAAUCGGCUUUGCACCAAGUGUUGAGGGACCGGCGAAAAAGACUGAUUGUAGUGUUACUAGGACAAGUGCCUCAAAAGGAUCUCGAUCCUGACAUAAGACUGUAUUUAAAAACGAAUAAGUGUUUGCGUGCGGAUGAUAGGCUAUUUUGGGAAAAGUUGAAGUUUGCGUUGCCUGACGUGCGCAAUAAUCAGCGAUGUCGCGGUGUUCCGAGCCCCGUGGUGAGCGGCGGCUUGCCCAUGCACCGACACCACCACGGCAGGAACCACCUGGGCAUGCUGCCGCAGCCGCCGGUGCACGGGGCGCACCCUGUGCUCCCACCGCACCCCUCGCACCAGAUGCCGCCUCGUGCAUCGCCCCGCACCAUGUCCGUCCAUGUGUAAAGUGCAAAUAGACUGUUUAACUGUUACGAAGUGAUUUCAAUAAAAAAGUGAGUGAUUUUAGGACAUUAAAAAUGAAGUGACCAUUAUGUUUCAUAAUUGUGUUGGCUAGUCGGUUAGCGUAUAUGAACUGUACAUAAUAAUAUUUGUAGUUAUAGUCGUGUAAAUAUGCCUUAUAUUGUAUAUGUUUAAUAUUAAGCUUAUUUGACAAAAUAAUCUCUUAGGAAUGUCAGUUUACAAAAUAUUGUAAUACCUUUGUUGUAAUUACAAUGUCUGUCAUAUUAUGUGAUCUGAGCUUAACUAAAUGAUGUAUAAAUAACUAGUGUAUGAGUUAGGCCUAUUCAGGCUGUGUUUGUUGGGCAAGACUUGCCGACUACUAUUAAUUAAAAUGGCAAUACUGCCGCAAUCUGUGAUAAAUUUAGAUAUAGUUAGCGUUCAUUUUAUAUCACAUUAAUGUAUAUUUUGUAUUGUAGUCUGAACUAAAAGAAUAUUUAUUGUGGAAAACAUCUAAUCGAAAA